AUGUACUUCUUUUCUUUGCCCUUCUUGGCCUUGUCGGGCUCCAUUCAUGGUGCCUUCGCUUCGCCUACUCCAAGUUCCUCACAAGACCUGUCCAAAAGCAUUACGAAACGUGGCGAGCCUAACACAGGUGCGGAUUUCGACGAGAAUGAGGAACCCAAGCCAAACACCCUUGAGAAGACCGAGACAGCCAUAAACGAUGCACUUGAGCUGGCCUCCUACGUUACUUCAUACAUUGAUGACGAUAACGACAUUUACCCUCAUUACUUCGAUGAAGCUGAUCGUGCCGAGAUCAAGAGAAUAUUUGUCGAUCUUACGAACGGCCAGAAAGGCAAUGACUACCUCGACAAGAUUUUGAUUCAGAAGAGCGACGAUGAUAACCUGUGUGAUGACCAGACACUGGCAUACUCGAACGAUGAAGAUACGGAGAAUCCGUACAUUGUGCUCUGCCCAAACUCAUUCAAGAAGAAGGCCGUCACAGCCCUCCCUAGUAAGGAUAUAGACGAUGAGGAUGCGCUCGACUUCUACACGGUAUGCGCUAAAGAUGGUGGCGACCUCGGUGAUACCGUCAGUUAUCGUAUGAACACCCUAGGCAUGACCCUUCUGCAUGAGUAUAUGCAUAUGGAUAGCAUGAUAAAGGCGUCUUUCGGCUCCAUUGUCGACAACCCGAACGGAAAUGACGGAUAUGGUCCCGUGAAUGUCUAUGACAAAAUUCCCAAAGAUCAGGCACGGUUGAACGCGGACAGCUAUGCGUAUUAUGCCAGCCAUGUCCUGUGGACAGCGCUGUGUCAGCAGGAUUUCGGCGCUCCAAGACCUGGCACGGACGAUCAGGAUCCUGACUGUGGCGCUACGGUUUGCAAGCCUUAA